CGCUUACAGGAGACGUCAUCGGCGCGACACGAGCGGCGGUCUUUCUUCCCCGUGUUCAGUGAGCGGUGUGUUAGCAGCUAGCAGCUAACAGGUCUACAGAGAGCAGCGCCCCGGGUCAGUGCGAGAGGCAGAGAGUUAUAGUGUUAUAGAGGUAUAGAGGUUACAGAGGGUAUAGAGGUUCAGGUCAGCAGAGCAGCAGCAUGUCCGCCGCGGUUCCGCAGAGGAAGAGGAUCCUCAGAGAGGAGGACAUGACUAAAGUGGAGUUUGAGACCAGCGAGGAGGUUGAUGUUACUCCAACCUUCGACACCAUGGGGCUCCGGGAGGACCUGCUGAGAGGCAUCUACGCUUACGGUUUUGAGAAGCCGUCAGCGAUCCAGCAGAGAGCCAUCAAACAGAUCAUUAAAGGCCGAGACGUCAUCGCCCAGUCUCAGUCUGGAACAGGAAAGACGGCGACCUUCUGUGUGUCGGUGCUGCAGUGUCUGGACAUCCAGGUGAGGGAGACCCAGGCUCUGAUCCUCGCUCCAACCAGAGAGCUGGCUGGACAGAUUCAGAAGGUGCUGCUGGCUCUGGGAGACUACAUGAACGUCCAGUGUCACGCCUGCAUCGGAGGGACCAACGUGGGCGAGGACAUCAGGAAACUGGACUACGGUCAGCACGUGGUGGCAGGGACACCUGGACGAGUGUUUGAUAUGAUUCGUCGCAGGAGUCUGAGGACGAGAGCCAUCAAGAUGCUGGUUCUGGACGAAGCUGAUGAGAUGCUCAACAAAGGUUUUAAGGAGCAGAUCUAUGACGUGUACCGUUACCUGCCUCCGGCCACACAGGUGUGUCUGAUCAGCGCCACGCUGCCUCACGAGAUCCUGGAGAUGACCAACAAGUUCAUGACCGACCCCAUCCGCAUCCUGGUCAAACGUGACGAGCUGACUCUGGAGGGAAUCAAGCAGUUCUUCGUGGCCGUGGAGAGAGAGGAGUGGAAGUUCGACACACUGUGUGAUCUGUACGACACUCUGACCAUCACACAGGCCGUCAUCUUCUGCAACACCAAGAGGAAGGUGGACUGGCUGACUGAGAAGAUGAGAGAGGCCAACUUCACGGUGUCGUCGAUGCACGGAGACAUGCCUCAGAAAGAGAGGGAGUCCAUCAUGAAGGAGUUCAGAUCAGGAGCCAGUCGUGUGUUGAUCUCGACGGAUGUUUGGGCUCGAGGUUUAGACGUUCCUCAAGUUUCUCUGAUCAUCAACUACGACCUGCCCAACAACAGAGAGCUUUACAUCCACAGGAUUGGUCGGUCCGGUCGUUAUGGUCGUAAGGGCGUGGCCAUCAACUUUGUGAAGAACGAUGACAUCAGGAUCCUGCGCGACAUCGAGCAGUACUACUCCACCCAGAUCGACGAAAUGCCCAUGAACGUGGCCGAUCUGAUCUAACGUGGAUGACAUCACAUUGGAGCCCCGCCCCUCUGACUUCCUGUUUACUUCCUGUCUUUGUUUUUUAUUUUUUUACUAGUUUUAGAGCUUCAUGAGACUUCGUUAAGACUUUGGUUCUGUAAAUAAAGAUGUUUGAUUCCA